AUGUUGAUUUGUGUGACAUCUCUGCUGGUUAUUGCUAGUCACACACAAGUAAAGAUGGAUAAAAGAUGGAGUCUUCAAGGUAUGACUGCUCUUGUAACCGGUGGAGCCAGCGGAAUCGGGUAUACCAUAGUAGAAGAGUUAGCUAGUUUUGGAGCUAGAAUCCAUAUCUGCGACAUCUCCGAAGCUUUGCUUAAUCAAAGUUUAAGUGAAUGGGAAAAGAAAGGGUUUCAAGUGAGUGGCUCAGUCUGUGAUGUAACCUCACGUCCCGCUAGAGAAACUUUGAUUCAAACUGUCUCCUCUCUGUUCGAUGGCAAACUAAACAUUCUUGUGAACAAUGUGGGAGUACUUCGUGGAAAGCCAACAAUAGAAUAUGUGGAAGACGAUUUCGCUUUCCACAUCUCAACAAAUUUGGAAUCUGCUUUCCAUUUUUGCCAGCUUUCACAUCCUCUCUUAAAAGCUUCUGGCUAUGGAAGCAUCGUCUUCAUGUCCUCUGUUACAGGGAUUGUAUCAGUUGAUUGUGGAUCCAUUUAUUCUCUAACAAAAGGAGCGCUGAAUCAGUUAGCUAAAAAUUUGGCAUGUGAAUGGGCAAAAGACGGCAUAAGAUCCAACGCUGUUGCGCCUAAUGUUAUCAGGACUCCUCUGUCUCAGUCUUAUCUUGAUGACGUUGGUUACAAGGAAGGAUUGUUCAAUAGAACUCCACUCGGUCGCGCCGGAGAGCCGAGUGACGUUGCAUCACUUGUGGUCUUCUUGUGUUUACCUGCAGCUUCUUAUAUCACUGGUCAAACCAUUUGUGUUGAUGGAGGUUUCACUAUUCAUGGCUUCUCCUAUCAACCACAUGCUUGA